ACUGGGAUGUGGGAUGGACGCCAAGGUCACGGGGAUAAAUCACCAGCGUGAUCACAACACUGGCUGCAGCUACAGGCCUGGCGGUGGUGGUGGUGGUGAGAGGCACAGCACUGCAUCAACUGCACUCAAGUCCCUCCCCGGCCGCCAAGAUGAGCAAGCAGCUGGUGUGUGUGCAGGACUAUGAGAAGGAGGCUCGCCAGCACCUCAACAAAAACACCCUGGACUACUAUCAGUCUGGCGCCCUGGACGAGGUCACUCUGAGGGAAAACAAAGAGGCUAUGGAGAGGUGGUACAUUCGCCCCAGGUUCUUGCGUGACGUGUCUCACUGCAGUCUAGCCACCACACUGUUGGGCCACAAAGUCGCUGUGCCCUUUGGGGUGGCCCCAACAGCCAUGCAGCGCAUGGCCCAUAAUGAAGGGGAGGUGGCCACAGCACGAGGUAAGCCGUCACUACUAUAUGUAUAUUUUCUCUUGAUAAAUGUUUAAUAGCAAGGUAUUACA